GAUACUCCCCCAGCAGUCACUGGCAUGUAGUGCACCGGCAGCCCUCGCUUCCCAGCGCGAUAGGCCUCAGUCCCCGGCAUGUCCGCUACCGCCGGGCGGCCCGUGCUGCGGGUUCUCCGGCUGGGCUUACUAUCUUACACCGAGGCCCUGCGGGUGCAGCAGGGCUGUGUGCAGGCCGUGAAGGAGCGGGCGGCGGAGCCUCGGGGCACAGUGCUGCUAUGUGAGCACCCGGCCGUGUACACGGUGGGGAUCCGGCGGGCACCGUACCCGGUGCUGGAAGAGGAGAGGCUCCGUCAGAUCGGGGCCGAUUUCCAGCGCACUGACCGCGGAGGCCUCAUCACUUUCCACGGCCCCGGACAGCUGGUGUGCUACCCCGUGCUGGAGCUGGGUCCCCUGCGCCGGACGCUGCGGGCCUAUGUAUGCGGUCUGGAGGGGGCGGUCAUAGGCCUGUGCCGGAGCCUCGGUCUGGAUGCGUAUCGCGCCCCGGAGACAGGGGUAUGGGUCCGGGACAAGAAGAUCUGCGCUAUCGGGGUUCACUGCGCCAGGCGCGUUACCUCCCACGGACUGGCUUUGAACUGCAACACGGACCUCUCGUGGUUCGAACACAUCGUCCCGUGCGGGAUCGUAGGAAAAGGAGUCACGUCCCUGACCCAGGAGCUCGGAAGGGAGGUCACCGUGGAGGAAAUCAUCCCUCCGUUCCUGGAGGCCUUCGAAGAGGAAUUUAAAUGCACUUUAGUCUUUGAGGACCAACCGGAACAGAUAAACGGAACAUCGUAAUAUCUGGAACUUGUAUUAAAAUGAUCUUCGUUUAACCCUUUAGAA